GACGACCGCCUCGCCAACGCCAACGCCAAGCUCAAGCAAGCCGGGCAACUGUACGAGAAGAAGGCCAAGAAGAACCCGCAGGACGCGGCCGACGAGCAUGCGCGUUACAUGAACAUCCUGACCACUCUGGGCCCCGAGAUCAACCAGGAGAAGUAGUCAGUACCUCUGUCAUUCGCACUUGUUACCGUCACUCACCCCCGGUCAGCAAUCACUCGCUUAUGGUGACGCGUAGGCAUCAUUCGACGAUACACAGCUUGGCCGCCAGUCUCUCUCGCGUGGCGGACGCAGAAUGGCUUCGUUCCUGCGAGGGCGUGCGACGCUCUGCUCCUACCAUCGGACAGCUCGGCGAAUGGCGCGUCUACUGCGAGGGUGGAUGGUCAGGCCCGCUGCCUGCAGACCUACCGAACGGCGAGGCUCCUGAUCGUCCCGACCGCUCUGUGACGCCGAUUGCCCAAGGACGCGCCGUGACACCGAGCAUGGAAAAGUCGCCGCAAGGUCCCAGUACUCCGAUGUUGGAGAAGCCUGCGCCCGAAUAUUCAUCGCGUCGUCCGAGCGAGCAGGAGACAGAUGCAUCUUCACGAGCCGUCACGCCGUCGCACGACUCGUCACCCGCUCCGCCGCAGUACCACCCUGCGAAGACGAUAGCUGAUGACUCUGUCAGGUCCCUGGCAUCUCUGUCGUCCUUCCCCUCACCGCCUACACAUUUCCCUAUGCCACCUCUUGCGAAGGCCGAGGCUAGCUCUCCGGUGAAGGAGACGAGGCCCGAGUCCCCUCGCGGACCACGUACACCAUCUGAAAUUCUCUUCCAGCGCAGGACAGAGUCACCUAUCCCGCUCGCGCCGUCCGAGACAUCACGCCCCCUACCAUCCCCCGCCGCUCCACGCGCCGAACCUGCUGCCAUUGCUACAUCGGUUCCUGUUGAGACAAAUGGCAAGGCCGUCGACGGGAACGCUACGCAGCAGGGAUCAGAUUCGCAGCACUCGAUCGCGUCGGAGAGUCGAGAUUGCACGAUCGGCGUGAGGCAAAGACCCCGUCCCCAGUGCUUACGCGCGCUUCGAGCAAGAAGAUCAAGUUUGAGAGUGCAGCAGCUUCAUCAGGUCCGACUAGUUCGAUCGGGUGGAUCUUCGCAAGGCCGGCGACCAUGUUGACGACGGUGAAUUCGGCGCCCUCAGACCUAGGGAAGAAAGCGGCCGCGACAAGGUGGAUGCG